GUGGUCUUCAGGCGAGGAAGAUGGCGUCGGCCAUGCUGGUCCUGGUGGUUCCUCCGUGGCCGGCAGCCCGGGGACUCCUCCAGAACUGUUGGGAACGACUGCAACGGAAACUUUGGCAGAGCUGGCGAGGCUUUCCCAGUUCCCCGUGGGGACCAGCAUUAGCGGUCCAAGGUCCAGCAGUAUUUACAGAACCAGCAAAUGAUACUAAUGGAAGUAAGGAGAUCUCCAGCCUUUUGGAUAGUAUUUUUUGGAUGGCAGCUCCUAAAAACAGACGCAGCAUUGAAGUUAACCGCUGUAGGAGAAGAAACCCUCAGAAGCUUAUUAAAGUUAAGAACAAUAUUGACGUGUGUCCUGAAUGUGGUCACCUGAAACUGAAGCACGUCCUUUGUGGCUAUUGCUAUGAGAAGGUGUGCAAGGAGACGGCAGAAAUCAGAAGACAGAUAGGGAAACAAGAAGGGGGACCGUUCAAGGCUCCUCCCGUGGAGACUGUGGUGCUGUACACAGGAGAGGCACCAUCUGAACAAGAUCAGGGUAAGAGAAUCAUUGAACGAGACAGGAAGCGACCGUCCUGGUUCACCCAGCAUUAAGACCAAAGGUAUUCGAGGAAGAUAACUUCAUAUAAAACACUUGUCCUGGAAGAGAGGAAGAUGCUUUGUUUUCAUGUUGAUUUUAUGCUUGUUUUAAAAUCACCAGUAUAGUUUAAAACAUUCUCUCAAAGCAGUUACCUUUAUGUGGAUUAAUUUGAAGAAUAUACCAGGAGUAAACUCUGAAAAUGCUUGUUUAUGCAGAGGCACAAUGGAUUAAUAUGUGCGUUUCUGUUACACUGUAAGGUUUUGAGUAAACCUAACAUUUCCAGUACAGAAAAAUAAACAAUGUAAAAUUCUUAGCAAAGAUCACAUGUUUUGGAGGUGCCUGGGUGGCUCAGUCGGUUAAGCGUCUGACUCUUGAUUUCAGCUCAGGUCAUGAUCUCGGGUUCAU